CAGACCGGAAACUGAAGGAGCUGUCUGGAGGUGACCGACUAGCAGAGCGUUGAAAGUUGUUUUCUGGGUUAUAAACGGAUUUCUUAUGUGUAGCGGUUGAAUUGUGCUGCAGUCUGUCGUGAUUUGCCGUGUUCAUAAUGGGGGCUCAUCUUGCGCGGAGUUAUAUCACGGAACCGGACACGACACCGGACCCGCAGAAAGCGUCUAAAAAUGACCCGCAGAUGGGCUUCGCGGAGCGGCAGGAGAGAGUAAUGGUGGCCACGCAGGAGCAGAUGAAUAUGGCGAUGUUGCCGGUGCAGCAGCGAGAUUACUGCGCACACCACCUGCUCAAACUGAUGAAGUGCAAGAGGGACAAUUUCCCCAAUUUCGUGGCCUGCAAACAUGAGAGACACGACUGGGACUACUGUCAGCAUCAGGAUUAUGUGAUGAGGAUGAAAGAGUAUGAGAGAGAGAGGAGACUCAACCUGAGGAAGAAGAGGCUGGAAGCACAGGCGGCAUAAAUACCCCACCUUCCUCUACCUUCAUUUGCUGUGUAUAUAAAUAGCUCUCUAAACAAUAAAGAGUCUGAUAUCUAAGCCUGAAUGGUUCAUUUUCCUAAACGCACACACAGAGGUGAAUACAUGCACAUUCAUGCAGUGGCUCGGGUCAAAAUUAAAUAUUGCAUGUGCAAUCUAUUAGAAUGAAAAGUUAUGUUAAUGACAAUAUUGCACAC